AUGGCCAGCACGCAGACCUCUCCAAUCCUCAUCCAGGUGCCCUCUCCUGCACACAGAUUGUCUCCAGAAGUCAGCGUCGUCUCAAUCUCAGCAUUCAGUCCGGAAUCUGUCCUACAAACGGCACCUCGUUCCGAGCCCGCAGGCCAACCUCAACCACAUCCCGAUCAGCCCCCAACCGAAAGCGAACCUCCUACAUCUACGUUAGAAAUGGUGGAUACACCUAUGGUAGAUGCGCCUCCUUCGGCGGCUGAGCCACAGUCACAACAAGAGGUGCCUUCAAGGCCGGUGGAAGGCAAUCUCGAACGACCCACCGAAGCAGAGCCAGCUGGAGGUGCGGUCUCUGAAGCCCCCUCUCAAGAAGCCGAAGGGGAACCUCCCAUCGAUGAUAGAUCUGGUGAAGAAGUCCCAACGUCUCCCGCUACACCUGUGCCGGAAGACCGUCCUCCAGAAUGGACGACCUGGGAAGAUGACCUAUCCACACCCACAGAAGAUGAAAUGGCUGAGAUCAGGUUGAGGGAAUCGAGAGGCCAAGAACUAAAUGCCUUGGACGUGCCCAGUGUGGAGAAGCGGAUCUAUCAAGACGUCGACGAUCCAGAGCAGCGACCAGUCAAGAAGCUACGGCUGAGCUGGGUCAUUAAAGGUGUCCGUGGUAUCCGAGAAAAGCCGAACAAUGCCAGAGUCAUGAUGUCUCCAGCUGCACAGGUGGAUGGCAGUUAUUGGCAGAUCAAGUUCUACCCUCGAGGCAACAAGUCCGUCUCGCUUAGUGCGUACAUCAAAUGCAGCCGACAUCCUCCCAAAUCAGACAUCGAGUAUCCGGACGGCAGCUUUUCGUUCUUGCAAGGUCCUCCAGACGCUGACCUUCGUCAUGACGUUGCCCCGAGUCACACAGUAUACACUCAGAGCACUGCAAGUGAGAGCAAGAACGACACUUCUUCAUCGUCCGAUUCAGCCUCGGACAGCUCGAAACAAGACAGCAUAGACGGCGAAGGUUCCACGGAUUCAUCACAGGCGGAUAAAGAGGAACCUCUAGAUAUCAAGUCCGCCGAAGGCGAGGAGGAGGCAGAGGAUUGGCGUGUUCCAGCGCAGCUCGGUAUGGUCAUGUACAAUCCAGAAGAGCCGCGCACCUGUCACGUUAUGUCUUCCGAGCACCAGUUCGCACAAUCGAACGAUGACUGGGGAUGGACGAACUUUGUCGGACCCUGGAGCGAAGUCCAGACGCGUGGACAUUUGCAAAGAGCGCCUCUACUGCGAAAUGAUACCAUCGCCAUUGAUGCUUACAUUCGUAUCUUCGACGACCCUACACAAGCCUUGUGGUGGCACUCUUCUGACGCAGAAAACCACUGGGAUUCCAAAUCGCUGACUGGUUACUUCCCAAUGGGCACACCUCCCCUCUACCACAGCCCUGCAGUAGCUGGUAUGACUGCUUGGCUGCUCCUGGCUCCGUUCCGAAAGAUCCUCCAGGAGGUCGAUACUGGUGACGGGCGCCAAAACCCUAAGCCGUUCAUCAGCCAGCUACAGAUGAUCCUCAACCUAAUGCGCCACUUGAAGAAAGAGAGAGAAACUUACGUGGACGUGUAUCCCGCAAUUCAGACACUUAAGGAAUUGGGAGAGGUUUAUACCGAUGUGAAGACAUUCUGGGAAGUAUUCCGCAGAACCAUUGACUUGGAGUUGAAAGGCACCCACUUCUCAAAAUCCUUGCCUGCAAUGUUCGAUACGCCGGAUGGUCCGAUGUCCCUACCAUCGUUGCCUGUUGGGGAAGGCGUCAACGAUAUCCAGCAGGGAUUGGCACAAGUUCUCCAUGACAAAAGCUUCAGCGGUCAGUUGCCGGAUUUCCUACCACUUUCGCUGGCUCGCGAGCGCUUCGACACCAAGUCCCGGGAAUGGAAACUACUCCACAAUCGCGUUUCCCUCAAUGAAACGCUGGAUAUGUCCGAUUUCAGUCUCAGUAACGACCACGCCAAGUAUACUCUGUACGGUUUCAUGGUUCAUGUUGGCGAAAGAAACUCCGGGAAAUUCUAUACUGUCCUGCGCCCUGGCGGUCCAGGCACCAAGUGGCUCGCCUUCGAAGACGGCGACGGAAACAAAGUUUUCUCAUACACGAAAAAGCGAAUUCGGAGCUUUGAGGGACUUGAAGGUCAAGCACUCAAGGACUUCAGUUCUACCAGAGAGACAGCAUAUAUGGUCAUGUAUAUCAAGACAAGCCGACUUGGGGAGUAUCUGACUGGCAAGUUGGAGCCUUACAACUCUGUGCACCCUCACUCUGAGUUUCACGGCUCUGGUGGAGCGUCUGCUCCAGAGUCGUUGCCUGCGGAGUCGUUGCCCGCAGAGUCGUUGCCUGCAGACCCUCGGCAAGUUACGGUGGAGCUGUAUUCCGACGAGUGUACGAUUGGACGGGAAGGACUGCUUGAUGUGUUUGAUCUCAAGAGGCACGCCCAGGAACAACGGAUGUGCUACUACACUAUGAGCGUUCCCGAAGGGUCCACUUACAGGGAUCUACGACAACGGCUUGCGGAAGAGCUGGAAAUUGAUGACGAGAACCAGUUACGACUCUUCACCCUAAGCUCCACUGGUCUAGAGCAUCACUUGCGUACGUGCUUGCGGCGACCAAUUGACCUGAAUGUCUCUUUGAGGUACAACGCGAGAUUUGACGAACCUCGGUGCCUAUGGUUUGCGGUGUUGAAGAACGAGAGCGAUGUCGAGCUUUUUGGUCACCAUGAUCGCCCAUUGCCCGAAGAAGUAAUGGAAGAAGGCGGACAAUCCCAGGCUUCACGACAGGAAGACGGGGCUGAUGAGCAACUUUCAGAUGCAGACGCAGAGCAAGCUUCAAUCCAAGCGGCAGUCGCCGCAGAUAUUGCCAGGAUGCCGGCCACAAGCGAGCAACCUGUCUCCCAAGUGACCGAGAUGCAGGAUCCCGACACUCCCAUGCAAAUGGACAUUCCACCGCCAACUGCUGAGGAAAGCCUCCAUGCCAAUGUACCACACGGUCAUUUGAUAGACGCAGCAGCGCACGAUGGCCCCCGAGCAAUGGAGAUCACCACUGGCAACGACGAUACACAAGAGUCUUCAGCCGAACCUGGCAGUACUUUGUCAUCGCUUGAACAAGAUAUCAUUGCCGACGCCAUUGCUCGAGCUACUGGACCCGGUGAGCCCUUGGUCGAUAUCUCCGCAUAUUAUUCGACAGUUCCGGUUCCUGACCGAGCAGAAGCAUCCACUGAGUCGUCUCAGUCCGCACAAGCAGCAAGAGGACCGCCGGAAAACGUGUACGGCUGUUUGCAGGUAUUUGACGUGGAAAGGCAGAGUUUCCAGGUGCGAGAAACAUUCUUUGCCCGAUGCGAUGAGAAAAUCAAGCCAUUCGUCCAGCAGCGCAUGGGGUUUACAGCAGAUCAAGCUUUCAAUGUCUGGUACCGAGAUUCAGCAGCUCACGGGUGCUCGAUUGCAUCAGGUGAUACAUUCCAAGACCGUGAUCUGCCUGAUGGAUGUGAGUUGAUUGUCGGUGAACAGAUUUCUGAGUCUGAAGUCAAGAGUCUCCAUAAAGAGGGCAAAUUCUCGGAUCCGUUCGAGCUGUCACAGUACCUCCUCAUGGUGGAUCGACAACAUCCGGUCCGAUCUCUGACCACCACUGAACCUAUCGAGCUGGCCGAUUUUGGCACAGACUACUACAAAGGCCCACUCGUCAAUGGACGUAAGCACGGCGAGGACUGCCUAUGGAUUAGCUCGGGCGGAAACAUGUAUCAAGGCCCGCUCAUGUGCAACAAGAAAUGUGGCAAGGGAGGGCGAAUGACUUAUCGAAACGGCGACACCUACGAAGGCAAUUGGGAUGAAGACGAGCGACACGGUCACGGGACGUUCGUCGAGAAGAGGACCGGAAACAAAUACGUCGGCGGCUUUGAGUAUGGAAAGCGCUGGGGCAUGGGCACGACCUACUGGCAGGUCGCGGACGAACAGGCCGACUUGUGCCAGAUCUGCUGCGAACAGGACAUUGACGCGCUAUUCUUCGACUGUGGCCAUGUGUGCUCAUGCGUCGAGUGCGCUAAACAGUGCGAGAUCUGUCCUAUUUGCAGAAAGACGGUGAAGCAAGUGGUUAAGAUGUUCCGAGCAUAG